AUGGCUACUACUACUACUACUACUACUACUACUACUACUACUACUACUACUACUACUACUACUACUACUACUACUACUACUACUACUACUACUACUACUACUACUACUACUACUACUACUACUACUACUACUACUACUACUACUACUACUACUACUACUACUACUACUACUACUACUACUACUACUACUACUACUACUACUACUACUACUACUACUACUACUACUACUACUACUACUACUACUACUACUACUACUACUACUACUACUACUACUACUACUACUACUACUACUACUACUACUACUACUACUACUACUACUACUACUACUACUACUACUACUACUACUACUACUACUACUACUACUACUACUACUACUACUACUACUACUACUACUACUACUACUACUACUACUACUACUACUACUACUACUACUACUACUACUACUACUACUACUACUACUACUACUACUACUACUACUACUACUACUACUACUACUACUACUACUACUACUACUACUACUACUACUACUACUACUACUACUACUACUACUACUACUACUACUACUACUACUACUACUACUACUACUACUACUACUACUACUACUACUACUACUACUACUACUACUACUACUACUACUACUACUACUACUACUACUACUACUACUACUACUACUACUACUACUACUACUACUACUACUACUACUACUACUACUACUACUACUACUACUACUACUACUACUACUACUACUACUACUACUACUACUACUACUACUACUACUACUACUACUACUACUACUACUACUACUACUACUACUACUACUACUACUACUACUACUACUACUACUACUACUACUACUACUACUACUACUACUACUACUACUACUACUACUACUACUACUACUACUACUACUACUACUACUACUACUACUACUACUACUACUACUACUACUACUACUACUACUACUACUACUACUACUACUACUACUACUACUACUACUACUACUACUACUACUACUACUACUACUACUACUACUACUACUACUACUACUACUACUACUACUACUACUACUACUACUACUACUACUACUACUACUACUACUACUACUACUACUACUACUACUACUACUACUACUACUACUACUACUACUACUACUACUACUACUACUACUACUACUACUACUACUACUACUACUACUACUACUACUACUACUACUACUACUACUACUACUACUACUACUACUACUACUACUACUACUACUACUACUACUACUACUACUACUACUACUACUACUACUACUACUACUACUACUACUACUACUACUACUACUACUACUACUACUACUACUACUACUACUACUACUACUACUACUACUACUACUACUACUACUACUACUACUACUACUACUACUACUACUACUACUACUACUACUACUACUACUACUACUACUACUACUACUACUACUACUACUACUACUACUACUACUACUACUACUACUACUACUACUACUACUACUACUACUACUACUACUACUACUACUACUACUACUACUACUACUACUACUACUACUACUACUACUACUACUACUACUACUACUACUACUACUACUACUACUACUACUACUACUACUACUACUACUACUACUACUACUACUACUACUACUACUACUACUACUACUACUACUACUACUACUACUACUACUACUACUACUACUACUACUACUACUACUACUACUACUACUACUACUACUACUACUACUACUACUACUACUACUACUACUACUACUACUACUACUACUACUACUACUACUACUACUACUACUACUACUACUACUACUACUACUACUACUACUACUACUACUACUACUACUACUACUACUACUACUACUACUACUACUACUACUACUACUACUACUACUACUACUACUACUACUACUACUACUACUACUACUACUACUACUACUACUACUACUACUACUACUACUACUACUACUACUACUACUACUACUACUACUACUACUACUACUACUACUACUACUACUACUACUACUACUACUACUACUACUACUACUACUACUACUACUACUACUACUACUACUACUACUACUACUACUACUACUACUACUACUACUACUACUACUACUACUACUACUACUACUACUACUACUACUACUACUACUACUACUACUACUACUACUACUACUACUACUACUACUACUACUACUACUACUACUACUACUACUACUACUACUACUACUACUACUACUACUACUACUACUACUACUACUACUACUACUACUACUACUACUACUACUACUACUACUACUACUACUACUACUACUACUACUACUACUACUACUACUACUACUACUACUACUACUACUACUACUACUACUACUACUACUACUACUACUACUACUACUACUACUACUACUACUACUACUACUACUACUACUACUACUACUACUACUACUACUACUACUACUACUACUACUACUACUACUACUACUACUACUACUACUACUACUACUACUACUACUACUACUACUACUACUACUACUACUACUACUACUACUACUACUACUACUACUACUACUACUACUACUACUACUACUACUACUACUACUACUACUACUACUACUACUACUACUACUACUACUACUACUACUACUACUACUACUACUACUACUACUACUACUACUACUACUACUACUACUACUACUACUACUACUACUACUACUACUACUACUACUACUACUACUACUACUACUACUACUACUACUACUACUACUACUACUACUACUACUACUACUACUACUACUACUACUACUACUACUACUACUACUACUACUACUACUACUACUACUACUACUACUACUACUACUACUACUACUACUACUACUACUACUACUACUACUACUACUACUACUACUACUACUACUACUACUACUACUACUACUACUACUACUACUACUACUACUACUACUACUACUACUACUACUACUACUACUACUACUACUACUACUACUACUACUACUACUACUACUACUACUACUACUACUACUACUACUACUACUACUACUACUACUACUACUACUACUACUACUACUACUACUACUACUACUACUACUACUACUACUACUACUACUACUACUACUACUACUACUACUACUACUACUACUACUACUACUACUACUACUACUACUACUACUACUACUACUACUACUACUACUACUACUACUACUACUACUACUACUACUACUACUACUACUACUACUACUACUACUACUACUACUACUACUACUACUACUACUACUACUACUACUACUACUACUACUACUACUACUACUACUACUACUACUACUACUACUACUACUACUACUACUACUACUACUACUACUACUACUACUACUACUACUACUACUACUACUACUACUACUACUACUACUACUACUACUACUACUACUACUACUACUACUACUACUACUACUACUACUACUACUACUACUACUACUACUACUACUACUACUACUACUACUACUACUACUACUACUACUACUACUACUACUACUACUACUACUACUACUACUACUACUACUACUACUACUACUACUACUACUACUACUACUACUACUACUACUACUACUACUACUACUACUACUACUACUACUACUACUACUACUACUACUACUACUACUACUACUACUACUACUACUACUACUACUACUACUACUACUACUACUACUACUACUACUACUACUACUACUACUACUACUACUACUACUACUACUACUACUACUACUACUACUACUACUACUACUACUACUACUACUACUACUACUACUACUACUACUACUACUACUACUACUACUACUACUACUACUACUACUACUACUACUACUACUACUACUACUACUACUACUACUACUACUACUACUACUACUACUACUACUACUACUACUACUACUACUACUACUACUACUACUACUACAAUCAUACAUUUAUUUUUGUUGUAUAAUGAUUGA